AUGGAUCUCGCAGCUCUCCGUGGGUGUACACUCUCAGCGUUAGAUACAAAUGCAGACAUUCGACGACAAGCCGAGCUGCAGCUGAAGCAGGCGGAAGCAACACCUGGCUUUAUCGGUGCACUUCUGGAUAUCAUAGCAGCCGAUCCUGAACCACAGGUUCGCCUUUCUGCUGUCUUGUACCUGAAAAAUAAAGUUAUCAGAUCCUGGGAAUUCAACGAGGAGUUCCCGAAAAAUGUGCCCAUCUCUGAAGAUGAGAAGGCAGCAUUCCGCGAACGGCUCGUGCCAACCCUUGCUUCGGCAGCCUCACCGAUACGACAGCAGCUUAUGCCGUUGAUUGGGAAAGUCCUUCAUUAUGACUUCCCCGAAAAAUGGCCUGGUUACAUGGACAUUACCCUGCAGCUCCUUGGUUCGAAUGAUAUCCAGUCGGUAUUUGCGGGUGUGCAAUGCUUGCUCUCGCUUUGUCGCGUUUACAGAUUUAAGCAAGCCAACGACAAGAGAGAAGAGUUGGACCGUGUCACCCAAGCGACCUUCCCCACACUCUUGGCUAUCGGCAACAGAUUGGUGGACGAGACUAGCACUGAUGCAGGUGACAUGUUAAAGAUGAUUAUUAAAACAUACAAGCAUGCUGUAUAUUUCGAGUUGGCGGCUCAUCUUCGGGAGGAAUCUUCAAUUGUCCCCUGGGCAACCUUGUUUAUCAAAGUUGUAGGGAAACAAGCACCGCCAGAAUCCAUGCCUGAGGAUAUUGAAGACCGGGAGGCUCACCCGUGGUGGAAAGCCAAGAAGUGGGCCUACUCAAACCUAAACAGGCUUUUUGUGAGAUAUGGCAACCCUACCAGCAUCACCACAAAUAACUCAGAAAAUUAUGAGAAAUUCUCUAAGCAUUUUAUUCAACAUUUUGCGCCAGAGAUUCUAAAGGCAUAUCUUCAGCAGAUUGAGCUGUGGGUUUCCAAGCAAGCAUGGUUGAGCAAGAUCUGCCUUUCAUGCACUAUUACUUUUAUGGAUGAGUGUAUCAAACCAUCAGCAACAUGGAAGCACUUGAGCCCCCACGUCGAGAAUUUGAUCUCCCAUGUUCUCUUCCCCCUACUUUGCCAAACAGAUGAGGACCUCGAGACUUUUGAGUCAGAUCCGGGUGAAUACUUGAACCGCAAGAUUAACUUAUACGAGGAAAUAUCAGCUCCAGAUGUUGCUGCCACAAAUUUCUUGAACACACUUAGCAAGGCCCGUCGAAAGCAGACAUUUACGGUUCUUAACUUUAUUAAUGAGGUGGUCAACCGGUAUGAGGCAGCUCCGGAUGACCAGAAGAACUACAGAGAAAAGGAAGGUGCUUUGAGAAUGAUUGGAACCUUAUCCGCUAUUAUCCUUGGAAAGGGCAGUCCUAUUGCCGAUCAGGUGGAAUAUUUCUUUGUUCGCCAUGUUUUUCCCGAGUUUAGGAGCCGCCAUGGAUUUCUCCGAGCUCGUGCGUGUGACGUGCUUGAGAAAUUCUCUGAUCUUGACUUUAGGGAUGAGAAUAAUGUCGUUGUUAUCUACCAGAAUAUCUUGCAAUGUCUCAACGAUGCUGAAUUACCUGUACGGGUUGAAGCAGCGUUGGCCCUGCAACCUUUAAUCAGGCAUGACUUCAUUCGGACAUCCAUGCAGCAGAGCAUCGCGGAUAUUAUGCAGAAACUGUUGCAGCUUGCUAAUGAGGUUGACGUGGAUGCGCUUUCCAAUGUCAUGGAGGAGUUCGUUGAGGUUUUUGCUUCGGAGUUGACACCGUUUGCAGUACAACUCACAGAGCAGCUGAGAGACACUUAUCUCAGGAUCAUCCAAGAUGUCAUUGACAAGGGUGCUAACUCUAUUGAUGACGAUGUUGAUAACUACCUGGAUGACAAGAGCAUCACAGCUCUUGGAGUUUUGCAGACCAUUGGAACCCUGAUAUUGACUUUAGAAAGCUCCCCCGGAGUUUUGUUGCAAUUAGAGCAAGUUCUUGUUCCAGUCAUUACAGUCACUUUGGAACAUAAGUUGUUUGACCUGUACAACGAGGUCUUUGAGAUUAUUGACAGUUGCACUUUCUCUGCCAAAGCAAUCUCGGGUACCAUGUGGGCGGUAUUUGAACUCAUCCACAAGUCUUUCAAGGACCGUGCGGAGAUAUACAUCGAGGAGAUGCUUCCCGCACUAGACAACUAUAUCUCAUACGGUUCCGACAUGUUGAUCCAAAACCCAACAUACUUGGCAGCAAUGUUCGAUAUCAUUUCAACUAUCUUUACGAACGAGCGUCUAGGUGCCAUGGACCGCAUUUGCGGGUGCAAGCUCGCUGAGGCUGUGAUGCUCAAUCUUCGGGGACACGCUGACCAAUACUUGCCUCAAUUUGUUGAGAUUGCCAUGCAAUGUCUUACAGCACCUAACGAGAUCAAGUCUUAUCAUCCUCGAGAGGAAUGGGUGCACGACAAGAAGCUUUCUAUUGUGGCGAUUGUGGCAUUGAUCCAACUUACGCCAGAGCAGAUUCCUCAAAGCAUCCAGCCGGGUUGGCCGAAGCUGAUGCAGGGAAUCGUACCACUUUUUCAAUCUUUGCCCUUGGCUAUGAAGAAUCGUGAAGAAAUUCAAAAAGAAGGCCUGACACUUGACGAUUCAUACGGAUCUGAUAGUGACAAUGAGUGGGAAGGCGAGGCGGCGUGGAACAAGGAGGGUGAGGAUGCCGAUGAGCUUGAUAUACCAGAUGAAAGCAGUGCUUAUAUGGAGUUUUUGAACAAUGAGGCAUCUGCUCGGGGUGUUUUAUCCGCCAAUUGGGAUGAUGAGGAUGAUGAUCUUGAGGAGGAAACUCUCUUGGAGACUCCAUUGGACAAUAUUGAACCUUACCAACUAUUUAGAAACGCAUUAUUGGAGUUACAACAGCAGCAACCCCAGAUUUAUGAAGGGCUCACAAAAGGUCUGAGUCCAGAUGAACAAAAUGUGAUCAAGGGCGUGGUUCACGAAGCUGAGGCUAAAAAAUUGGCUGCUGAUGCCAUGGCUGCGGCUGUCGGUGGCAUGCCUGUCAAUGGGCAUCAAUAA